AUUAUUUUUAUGUUUUACAGAUUGAGAACCAAUAAUAAAUAUACAUUAGGUGUAUUCAGGUCUCAUAUUACAAUCCAUGUAUUGUUAGCCACUGCUUAUUUGUAAUUUUACAGCACACUCAUAAGUCAUGGCUUCUUCAAACUUCAUUGGUGGACCAAAUAAAUAUUCUGGAAAAGUUGAGUAUGUUGGAAAAACAUUUGGUUUCAUUCGCCUCAUUGAUGACCAGCCAGUAUCAAGAGCGUAUUUUGAUCAAUCAUCGGCAAAUAUGCAUGGAUGUGAUCUCACUGACACCUUUUCUAGAGACAGCAGAGUAUACGUUAAUAUUAUACCAACUGAUGGAGAACACAAAGUUAAAUACAAGGCCAUUAAUGUUUCAUUGCACGAGCCAAAAAUACAAAAAGAUGACCCUAGUAUUAGAGGUGGUGAUCAUUAUUUACGAAAAUAUCUCAAGGACAAUGGUCCAUUCAAUCUUGAAGAACUCGCUGAACGAUUAAGAAGCGCUACUGAUAACUGCCCACGAUUCCUGAAAAACGGCGGCGUAGAAGAUAUCAGAAAAGUGUCAAACUGCAAUCCAGAAAUUUUUGAAAUAAAAAAUGAUGUUCUUUGUCUCUCUGAAAUAGAAAAAGAAAUCGCUGAUGAAUUUCUGGAAAACAUGGAUGCUCAUGAAAACAAAAUUUCAAUGGAUAUGGUAAACAGUAUAAUUCGACCAGAUCACGAACACAGAAGAUAUCUGCAUACUGUAGAGCAGUGGAACAUUGGUGUAAAAAAUUUCGUUGCGAGAAAUGCUAAUGAGUUUGUAUUCUGGAAAAAUGCAAUAUGGAAGAAAAAAUACAUCAGAGAAAAUGAGGAACUAAAUGAAACAUUCAAAAAAGAGAUGGCAGCAGUGAAGUAUUAUUCUGUAUUUGUCAUAAAAAAAUCACCUAUCUCUGUUAAGUCACUUCUGGGUCACAGGGGUCAGGCUGAUGAUGAAGUUAAACAAGUUUCACCUAGUAAGGAACAAGAUUUCACGGAGUUUCUUGAGAAUAAUUCAUUUUUCUUCAUUCUUCGGGGAAACAAUGUGAAGGAAUGCGUGGAACACAGACUUCCUGUUAUUGAUAUGUACUGGUUGGGUUCAAAAAGAACCAGACCAAGAAGAACAAGAGGAAAGGGUGGGAAAGAUAUAAAAAAGACUAAUCAAGCAGAGUCUGCAGCGGCUUCUCAGUCUUCAGCGACAAUGCAAAAUACUGACGAAAGAUCGAGAAGAACAGCAGAACAAGCACCACCAAAGGCUUUUGCAGACUUUGAUUUUAUGACGUUAAUGAAGAAUCCAGUACCUUGCAGUAGUGAAGUACAAUUUCCUAGUACAUCCUAUGCAGCACAAUAUGGAUUUCAAACUGCUGUCCCUACCCAACCAUCACUGCUUCAGAAUAAAACCUCAUCUGGGUAUAAAAAAGGUAAAACAUUUGCUUCCAAAGAUGAACAAAUCUUCAAGCAGCUUGUAGGAGAAACAAUCAGUGAUGAUCUUGAAAAGGAAAUUUGUAAACAUGGUCAAGGUUUUGCCUUUAACUAUCUAUUGCUAUUGAGGAUGAAUAUUGGGAAACCACCAAUGGCAAAAUUCAGAGUUCCAGGAAAAGACGGUAGUCUCAACUGUUCUCUGAAAAUUGAUCCAGUGAAAAGUGAAGAUUUGCAAAAAUUACUGAGACAGAAAGAGGUGAUGAAGUCUUGUACCUCAGGUCACUAUGGAGUAAAAGAAACACUUCACUCUAUCAGAACUCUCGAGCAAGGAGGGAAGGUUACAGGAUUAACGCUUUUCUGUCAGCUACAUGAGGAUAAUGAUGGCCUUGCACUAAAUAUCUUGGAAAGAAAAAAUUUUACUGCAGUUUUUACUGGGAAUUAUCCAGUGAAAUAUAUUUAUGAUUACCUUCGAUGUAAAUGCAACGAAUUAUCCAAAAGUGAAGAUGUCCUAGUGAUUGAUUUUGAUGGACAGCUCUCCGGACAUGAUGAUCAGACACAUCCAUCGCUGGGUAAUGUAUCUCGAAUCAUAUGCUCGUCUUCUCCAGAAUUGACUGAAAAAAUAACUGAAGCCGUUCAGCAUAUGCAUGAGUAUGUUAUUAUAACAGGCAUAGAUUCUGUUGAUCAAUUAAGAGCUCUGCAAAGAAUGCGCAGCAAAGAUACCAGAGUCUUAGCUGAACUGCCAUCUGACUUGAAAUCGGAAGUAAAUUCGAUGUUUUCUUAAUUGCAUUGCCAGUCAUGGACCAUAUUACCUGAUUCUUCAAAAUAUUUUUGUUGAAUAGUUAGAAGUAGUAUGCAUUUUUUAUCUUUUGAUAUUUUAUGGUAGUUAUUUGUGUUUAACACAAUGGUGAUUUUUUUUUUAUUCUGUUUCUAUGCGAUAGAUCUGAGUCCUUAAAUUUGAAUGAAUAAUUGUCCCAAAAUUUCUGGCUAACAUCACUUUCAUUCACCCUGGAAGAAGACCCAACUCAAGUGUACCUAGCUUUUAUUGAAAUAAACAGACUCCAUGUUUUUUGAUACAUAGCAUUUGAUUUUUGUAAGAAUUGAAUUAUUUGAGGAACCACAACAAUUCAUAGGUCUCCAUUAUUACAGUGACUCAUAAAUUUUAAAACCACUCAUAAAACAUAUUUAGUAAUAUUUUGUUUUCCAAAGAUGCUGCUUUUUUUCUUCAAAUAUUUUUGAAGUGUUUUGGUGUUUUUAUUAACCUUUUGUGCUCACUAACCUGAAUCAGCGAGCAUUUUAGGUGUUGCUGCCUGAAAACCUUAUGAGGUCCCUCAUGACUCCUGAGUCCUGUCACACAACUUAAAGGUGGGUUAUCACGCAAACAUUUUUGUAGCAAAUUUGGUUCUAUAUAAUUUAUUAAGAUUUUUGGCGGUUACCGUUUGCAUAAAAUGGACUUCGUUUGCGAGACUCGAAUUUUUAAAAGUCGACCCUGCCGAAAUCGAACGCAAAUUAGUAUGUCCCGUUGAUGACGUAGUGGUGAGAACUCGUCGGCGAAACUUUGCAUUAGGUCAAAGGCAAUUACAGCAUUCUGUGUACUUAUUUUGAACCGUGUGCUAGUUCUAUUGGGCGGCGGAUUUGAAGGAAGCUUUUGUGAUUUAAAUCAAUACCAAUAUCUUUAACUAAUUUUAUUGCAUUAUGAGAAAUUGCAGUAAACUCAACUAAUCGAGGUCAAGACGUACUCAAGUUCUGUGCCGGCCCUUUUGCUGUAAUAUAUUUUCUAGUGAAAAAGCGCAUACCAGGCCAUUUUUUCUCAAAUGAUCCAGAUUUUAUAAUUCAUGUGUGUUUACUCUGCUUAUCUGAUCCUAUAACUAGUCUUUUUAGUAUAUUUUCGGUAUAUAUAAACUAUCUGAUUAUACCGGUAUAUGCGCAUACACUACCGUAACGAAUGGAAUGUGUAGUUGGUGGUUACAGCAGAUUUCACAGGGAUGGAUCUGUCUUGAAGCAGAAAACUAUGGAUAUAAUUUUCGCAAGUUACCUUUUUUGAUGUGUUUCCAUGGAACUAAAAUAAGACCUCUAAGUCGAAGGAUCGUUUCAGCCUUAAAAUUAUGUUGGAAUCCAUGCAAACUUCUACUACCCACAGCCCGAAACAACAAGACCUCACGCAGUUAUUCAAAUCUGUUUUUAUUUAUUUUUGAAAUUUUAUUACAAGUUUUCAUCAUAUGUAAUUCAUUCAUGCCAAUAAAUGUGUUGUCACGAAUCU